UUUACCAUCUGUAUGGCUGUCAUGAAAUUGAGGAUAUUCAAGACAGGAAUUAGGAAUUCCUUGCUUAUCACGCCUAUUGUUGACUUUAAUAUGAUUUGAUAUAAAAUACCUACCUAGCUAGUAGGUAUAGUUUAUUUUAAAACUGCUGAUACAUGUACGUGUAUUUUGUUUAGCUAUCUGGUGCAGUUUUGUAGAAGUUGCAACACCCGUAUCUGACGUAUUUUGCAUUAUCAGUGCUUGUUAAGAUUACAGCCACAGUGUAUGUGUUUGUUUGUUAAAACACAUCCCAAGGUAUCCAUAUUUAUGGACCUUUGAUUCAAGAAGUUUGUGAAUUUCAUGAGAAUAUGGCCGGAGACAAGUUGCAUACAGAAACGGUUUCAUUUUACAAUACAGUGUAAAAAGUCAGUCAUGUUGAAUCCUGAACCAGAUGGAAAGCUAAAGGACUGCUUCUUGAGUUUAUCUUCCGAAGCCAAAGAAUUGUAUUUGAAUGAUACUGUUCCAGUUCUAGAUGCAAUACCCUCACCUCUACAGUUUUAUAGAGACUGGGUUGCACCUAACAAACCAGUGAUAUUCAGAGGAGCAGUAAAGAAAUGGCCUGCUAUCAAGAAGUGGACCAUAAAAUACCUGAGGGAGAAAAUUGGUGAAAAACAUGUAAGUGUUGCUGUUACACCCAAUGGUUAUGCAGACGCCCCACAAGGUGAAUAUUUUGUUAUGCCAGAAGAACGGAACAUGAUAUUCAAGGACUUCUUGGAUAUCAUGGAGAACCCUGAUUCCCAGCCUGGUGUGUUUUACAUCCAGAAGCAAAAUUCAAAUUUUACUGAAGAAUUCCCAGAAAUUCUGGGUGAUGCUGCCACUGAUGUUCCAUGGUUUUCUGAAGCUUUAGGUAAAGAACCAGAUGCUGUUAAUUUUUGGAUGGGAGAUCACAGAGCAGUAACGUCAAUGCAUAAAGAUCACUAUGAAAAUAUUUAUUGUGUGGUGUCUGGCUACAAAGAUUUUAUUUUACUCCCGCCUUCGGAUACACCGUGGAUACCUUACAAAAGUUAUGCUGCUGGUGUCUACAAAGAAACAAAUCCAGGGAAGUUUGUUAUAGAAGAGGAUGCAGAAACUGGGGUUGUGCCUUGGGUAUGCAUUGAUCCAUUGAAACCAGAUUUAAAUGCAUAUCCUCAGUAUAAACAUAGCAGUCCCGUGCAUUGCAGAGUACAUGCCGGUGACGCACUUUACCUUCCGUCCUUAUGGUAUCACCAUGUUAGACAAUCUCAUGGUUGUAUAGCGGUCAACUUUUGGUAUGAUAUGGAGUAUGAUGUCAAAUAUAAUUACUAUAAAUUUAUACAAAACUUAUGCUGGAAAGAGGUGGAGCUGUGAUAUUGGUAGUUUUAGGUAAAAUAAAUAUUCAUAAAACCUG